AUGAAGUUCUCCAACGUUGCUAUCCUCGCCAUUGCCGCCGUCGUCCAGGCUGAUCUCAACGACAUCAAGACCGGCGCCGAGGGCAUCGCCUCAGGAGCCUCUACCGCCCUUGGCGGCGCCGCCUCGGACGUCUCUAGCUGGGCCACCAACGUCGCUUCGGGCGCCUCGAGCAUCGCCACCAGCGCCAGCUCCGUUGCCACCAGCGCCGGCUCCGCCGUGACCAGCGCCGGCAGCUCGGCCGCCACGGCCGCCUCCACCGCCGCCGAGUCGCUCUCCUCCAAGGCCGGCGAGCUCAGCUCCUCGGCCAAGAGCGCCUCCGGCACCGCCGCCAGCUCUCUCUCCUCUUCGGCCAGCUCGGCCUCCAAGGCUGCCUCUUCGGCCUCGUCCGCCGCCUCCUCGGCCAGCUCGACCGCCGCCGCUGCCGCUCCCACCGCCAUGAUGGCUAUGGGUGCCCUCUUUGGUGGUGCCGCCGCCAUGGCCAACCUGUAA